AUGACCAGUGAUGAGACUGGUAACCAGCUUGCUGGAUUGGACGAUGCAUCAGACGAAAACUCUGCCUACGCAACUCUACCAUCUAACCUAUUAGAGAGCACAAAUAAAGCCAACAAAGUGAAACGAUCUCCCUUUCAUAACCUGCAAGGGGAUCAAAAUUGGUUAUCUUUGGUAUCCGCGGCUACUUUAAAUAUUUUUAAAGACAAGGACGAUUGGAGAGAGGUCAGCAAUACUACGUUGUUAUCUCCCGAAGAAUCAAUAAGCAAUUACUCCUCGUGGAAGGAUAUGAAGAUAUCUAACCCGGAUGAAGAACGUAUGAUAUAUGAGAAUCGCACACACUUGAUGACACCAAAUAGAAACAUCGAAAACGACGACGAGGACGAGGACGAUGAGGCUAUGCCUACUACAUCCAGAUUGGACUACAACGAUAUCCUUGUUAAUGCAAUAGUAAUGAAAAUAUAUGGGUUUAAGCCUUUGAUCGAUGAAUCCGCUGUGGUUAAUUGUAAUGACUGUUCCAAGAAAAUAUUACCGCGUGGUUAUACUGAGCAUUUGGAAAAUUGCGAAAAAAUAAAAGAACGUUCCAAAGAGCCUCCUAUUAAAAUUGAAGCCAGCGACACGGCUGCUGUUGAUAAGAAUCACGCGAAUAUAUCGACUGAUUCACGCGUCAAAAACGAACCUGCUGGAUCUGAAGAAACAACCACUUCUUCAGCAUUUCCAAAACAACUAGUAUCCACGCCCGCAUCGACAUCAUCGAUACCAGCAAAGAGACAACCCUCGUCACCGUCUGCAGGGAAAUCAUCUAAUGAAAAGAAACAAAAGGUGAAGAAGAACCCGACAGAGAAGAAAAAGGGCAAUAACAGAAACAAAGGCCCAAUUGACUUGGACAGACAAUGCGGCGUAUUGAUGCAACCAAAUAACACUCCUUGCACGAGAUCUCUUACUUGUAAGAGCCAUUCAAUGUCAUUGAAGCGUGCCGUUGCAGGUCGCUCAAGGAUGUUUGACGACUUGCUUCAGGCAUAUCAAAAGAAGUCUAUUGGACGUCCGUUAAACGGUAACCAAGCUAAUUCGAAAACGGAUAAUAAAAAAGAUGGUAAACCGGAGGCGGAAGAGGUGGAGGAAGUUGUGAAUUCAGAAGAAGAAGUCGACGCGGUAAUAGAGGCUAUCAUGUCGAGUACUGUUCAACCUCUUGCAGCGCGACAGUCAUCUUACGUAUCACGGACACAUACGAAUUAUUUUCUAUAUCAGGACGUGUCUGCAGAGAAUGUUGCCAAAAUAGUUUGGUAA